GGGUAAGACACAACACCUGCACAACUUGACUCUUGAUACCCUGCAGCGAACAUGGAUCUUUCACCUGAAGUUGGGCUCAACAAACAAUCUGUCAAUUACAAAAGUUUUGAAUCGCCUCAAUUGGUGCAUGGUUCCAAGCCAGAUGUAAACAAAGUCCAAAAGGAGGUACCUUUGCACCAAUUGGCUGCUGGUUGUUUUCUGGAUGACGUCUCCGCUAACAAAACCAAGGAAAGUUCCAGCAAUAAUGCACCCAAGUAUGUGUACAUCGCCUGCGUCACUUUUGCCGUGGGAGUGACCUUUGCAACGAUGCUGCAGGUGUAUCUUGGUGAAAAUAUGCUCUUUCUAGAAGGAAUGUUGGUUUCGGACCAUGAACGCUGUACGGCAGUCGGCCAGGGAGUUUUACGUGAUCGUGGCUCCAGUGUGGAUGCGGCCAUCGCUACCGUACUGUGCCUGGGUGUGGUGCAUCCACAUGUAAUAGGUAUUGGUGGAGGAGGGGUGAUGCUGGUUCAUGACACGCGGAAAAAUGAAACCAAGGUACUUGAUUUUCAAGGAGCAGCACCAAAAGGGCUCAAGGAGGAGAUGCUGCAAAGUGGAUUUAGAAAGAAGGCAGGUCUGUUGGUGGGAGUGCCUGGUAUGCUCAGAGGGCUGCACCAAGCUCACAGAAUGUAUGGGAGUUUAUCUUGGCAAAAUGUGGCCGCCAGAGCUGCUGUUGUGGCAAGAGAAGGUUUUAACGUAUCUCAAAGUCUUGCUUCUGCAAUAUCAAAUGUGAAAGGAGACUCCCUAAUGGACCGUUUCAGGGCGACCUUCUUCCCAGAUGGCAGAGCUCUGCGUCCGGGUUCAUUUCUCAGGAUGCCCAGUGUGGCCCGAGUCCUUCAAGUUGACCUGUCCAACUUCUAUAGUGGAAAUCUAUCUCAAGAGAUGGAGGAGGAGGUGCGGGCCCAAGGAGGUGUCCUUAGUCGGGAGGACAUUAGUAACUACAUUGUGGAAGUAGGGCAGCCAUUGGAGGGCCUUUAUAAAAAAUUUAGAAUUUUGGUUCCUGUUCACCCGUCUGCUGCUGCAGCUUUGUUACUUACUGCAAAACUUUUAGAGGGCUUCAACAAGACCGAUCGGAAUCAAACAGUGCUACGCUGGACCACUAAGGCUCUGAAGGAAGCUGUCAGAAUGGGAAUCUCUGAAUAUAACUCGUCAAUGACUGGGCUGCUGACUGACAUGCUGAGAAAAGGCUCAGUUGACAUGCUUCGCCCCAAAAUUUGGCACUCACUUGGCUCUCCACCUGAAGACCAAAGCAGAGUCCACACCAUCCAAAAGACAGCGCUGAUGUCUGGACAAGUAGAAGUCAUGGGACCGGAUGGCCUCAUGGUGUCGAUGGCAGGUUCUUUGAGCAGACCGUUUGGGAGCAGAAUCUUAACUCGCUCAGGCAUCAUUCUUAACAGCCUCAUCCUUCAGUUCUACCAGACAAACAAAUCUGGCAAGAACCAAGGAAUUAAAAUCCAGCUUGACAAGAGGCCAGCUCUCUCAGCUCUGACACCCACAAUUGUGGUACCAGCUUGGCGUGUCUGUGGGACCUACAUGGCACUGAGCCUCUCACUGGCAGGACUUGUGGAGCGACCAGAUGGAACUAUUGUCCAAUCACUGUUUCCAGAGGGUAGGGUGCAGACUUUGAAUGCAAGUGCCCAGAGUGUCGAAAGCUUGAGAACUGUUGUCCAUGGGGUCCUGAGGAACCAAGAUGUCAUGCAGGAAAUUUAUGUUCUUUCAUGACUUGAAUAAAGUCUUUCAUGACCUUA